AUGCCUCUCCUGAAACCCCAACAUAGCCUUGAUCUUCGCAUUGGAGAACGGCGCCUCAAACUCCUCCACCUCCCUACAUUGAAAACCUGGAAUCCAAGCCCAUCCGUCCUCACCGCAGCCUCACACAUACCGCCCAAAUCCAGCCAUGCACCUUCCACAGCCCCGGCUCAUGUACAUAACUGUAAAGAUCUCGCCAUCGUACUCAUCAGGCUCGAUGACCCUUCUAAUACGCAGACUGUAGAUGUCAGCCCCGAAGCGGGCCGCGAAGCCGCGCGCAAUGCGCUCGCUGCACAGCUUCGCGAUCGCCUUGCAGGCUGCCUCGAUGAUGUUGUACGUGCCCUGCGUGUUGGAGCGGAAGGUCUCGUUGUCGGGCACGAGCACGUUGCGCGCAUAGCCGGCGAGGUGGACUACGGCGUCUGGGCGCGGCGGGAGGCCUUCCAGGAAGGGCUCGCGGAGGGCUAA